ACUCUUUGCCGACCACUAAAUAACUAGUACCUGAGGCUUUUUACCCUGUAUUCAAGAACGCCACAAACCAUAACGAAUUGAACACCAACAGCUAGAAGCUCACUGAGCGCCUACCGCGUCCAUACUAUCGAUGCAUACGACGCGACGACCGCACAUUCCUCAAGCGCACUAGAGUGACUUACACCACUGAGCGUUAAACGUGUCCGGGUCGUCCUUGUUUUCUUCUUCAUCGCUUCCGAGUCUGUCACAAACAAUAUACAAUCAAACGGCGACCACCAUGCGCAUGACUCGUGCGGCUCUACGAGCUCAAGCCCAAGGGCUUGACGAAGCUGGGCGCGAGCAUGAGCACGAAUCACAACAAGAAUCGCAGUCUCAACCGGUCAUUCACGAAGAUGUGGAUGCCGAUCCAGAUACGACAAACCACAGCGACGCUGGCGAAGGCGAAGGUGAAGACCGCGUCGACGAAAGCGCCCCUUUGCGCCCGGUCUUGAAGGAUAUUACCCAUGAAAAUAACCUGGUAAUGGAGGAGCAGAAUGUGAUGGAAACAGAGAAUGAGAAGAACGUAACCACAAAGAAUGACGAUAUUCCUCCUGAGGUCAGUGAGUCGGCUGUGGAUAAUGGACCAGAAGAGGAACAGGUUGCACCUGCGCCGGCGAAGAAAGGUAGAGGCAAGAGAAAAGCGAAGCAAGGCAAGAAGGGAAGACGGAAAGAUGAAGAGCACGACGAGGGAGAGGAGAACGAUCUCGAUGUCGAGGUGGUCCACGCCGCCAACGAUACUUCUUGUCCUGAGACUGUUGCAGAGGAAACGAGUACUAGUACACAGGACGUGACUCCGUGCUCUUUGGGUGCCGAUCAGUCGGGCGAAGUUAAAGAGCACUCGCUUGCGGAAUUAUCCUCGAAAGAGAAUGAGACAAAGGAAACGAGGGGUUUCUCUGGAAACGAGCUGGGUGAAACGCUUGGUGUUUCGUCGGAACCAGAGCUCGAUGAUACACAUGUCCCCCCUGAAAUGGGAUUCCAGCAGGAAACUCAACUUGAGUGCGCGGCUACAGAAACAGAGUCUGCCGACAUGAAUGUCCAACUUGAAAUGACCAUUACGCCGAGUGUCGUGGACGCCGAAGUUGCGAAGCAGUCCUCCGUUGAUGAUAUGCUUGCCAUUCAUGCACCAGCUGCAGAGGAACAAACCCAUCUCAAUGAGACAACUUCUCACACCUUCGAAAACUCGACUUCCACACCUCGACAUAUCCGCACUGAUCCACCCAAGACACCCAAGUUCGACCCUUCUAUUCAUGCACCAAUUGAAACCGUUUCAACACCACCUGCUGACUCGGUGGAAGACUCGUUCGUUGACAAGAUCAAAUCCAGAUCGCCGAGCAAGAUGCAGCUCCAACCUGAAGCGACAGCCUCCGACGGCUUUGAUGAGGACAUCGUGACACAUACUCCUCGCAUUGAAGACUCUGUCGAUGCGAUUGACGCUUUGGAAGAUGCGAUCGAGAAGGUAUCUGAGAACUUGCCCGUUCUAGAAGGUCUCCAACUCGAAUCACCCGUCAAGUCUCGCAAGAAUACACCGGCCCGCCAACCCGUGCAAAUUACCACCCCUGCUCCAGGCAUCACCACUACGAAGAAAACAACUGCAACUCCCACCAAAAGCAAGAGCCCUCAGAUGAAGGCGACUGCAGUUGUCAAGACCACUACCACUACUGGCCAGACCAAAUCGGCAACGGCACGACCACAGGCUCCAAAAGUGGCGUCGUCUAAAACCUCCACAACUGUGACAAGACAGACAAAGAAGCCCAUUAUUGACGGGACCAAGCCGAGAGCUUCCACAGCUUUGGGCUCCUCAUCAUCUCGUCCAGCACUGUCCUUUUCCAAUUCUCCAGCCAAGGCCGCAGCAGCGCUUCCAAACACGUCAGAAAAGCGUAUCCCUAGUAUGGGUUCCAGCGGGACAAGCCUGAACACCGCAAAAUCGAGACUCUCCACCAACAAACCGGCCUUUGUCCCGGCCAAAUCAUCCAAACCACCUACGAAACCUACUUUUACUCUACCCGGCGAAGCCAUUUCGGCCAAACUCAAAGCGCAGCGGGAAGAACGGCUAAAACGGGAAGAAGAGGCAGAAAAGGAGCGGAAGCAGUUCAAAGCGCGUCCCGUGCCGUCCAAGGUCGCUCGGCCAAGUGUCUUGCCGCGAGAGACCAAGGCCAGCCAGGCCAGAAUGAGUAUCUACGCGAAUGGCGUCGACAAGGAGAAUGUUGCUCCACAACAACGAGUGUCGAGUAGUUCUUCUUCGUCGUCGUCGACAGGAACAGAACCGCGGCCGUCUUCAACUGCUGCCAAAGUCAGAGUAUCGUCAGUGGAACACUCGGCUAAAGUAGCCAAUUCGAGUGUCCGACGCACUACAGGUGUUGGUGCUAGCUCCGUCGUGGUGGUGGAGAAAACCCGACCUACUAGACCGACGACCAGUGUUGGAGAGCACAAAACCGGAGUGACAACGACGGCGGUGACGAGAGGGGCGGGGACGGCAGCAGCAACACAGUCGAAACCCCGAGUCUCUUCCCUCACGUUGACAGCAGGCCAGAAACAGACGGUCACAAAGGAAGAAGUGGCUCAGCAGGAGGCCAAGGGGAGAGAAGUGUUUGGACGCAACAAGAUAGAAAUGGAACGGGCGGAAAAGAAGAAACGGGAAAAAGAAGAUGCUGCGAAACGGGCGCGUGCUGAGGCGGCGGAACGUGGGAGACAGGCGAGUCGGGAGUGGGCGGAGAGGCAGAAGAAGAAGUUGGCUUUGCAGGCACAGGCACAGGCGGCGAAGAUGGCGUCGGCCACGGCGACGGUAGGCCAGAAUAAUACCGUCCAGGACCAGCCAUCUACUGCAAUCGGUGCUGCUGUUGGGACAGCUUGAUGAAGCACCGUUUUAGUGGGGACAGGCUUUUUCUUCUGUUUUGGCAGUCGGUUCUUCUCUCACUCUUUUCACCCGGCAAGGGAGGGGUGUAAGGAGCAGUAACGGGUUCCAGCGCAGCGCAGCGUCAGGUGUUUUGUUUUGUGUUUUUCUAGUCAGUGGCAGUGGUACUGCAGUGGUUGUCUUGUCUUGUCUUUCCUUUAGGAGGAUCAGUCUUGAUAUCCUGGAUUCGGUGCCGCUGGGUGGAGUUGAACCGGUCUCUGUCACGGUCUCUCAGGGAUGGAAGCAUUGGCAUGAGUUUGAUUACCUAGAUAUGUACAGUACUCUCUGGGUCACUAGUUUCCUACAUACCUAGGUACAUACCAGUACAUUCAUUCAUUGUCAUACUGAUAGUGUUCAAAUCACCUUAUGCAGUUGCAGUGAGGGGCAUGGAAAUGCUAAGUUACUACAAGG